CCACACCUGGGAUCCUUUGAUAACCGGAACUGUUCAAGCUUAUUUUGAGAAAAUCUGUCAAAAGCGGAUCAAAGACAUGGUUAGCAAUGUGAGGACUAGUCGAGUUCAACCAACCUGGAUUGGAGACACUCUCUGGAGCACGAUGGAGGAUUACUGGGACACUGAAGAAGCACAACAAAAGAGUAAAACCUACUCUCAGGCCCGUAUGUCUGACCGUAACGGCCUAGGUCCUCAUGUCCACCUCUCAGGGCCAAAGUCUUAUCAACAGCUUCAAGACGAAAUGGUUGAGGAAUUGGGAAGAGAAGUCCGACUUGGUGAGGUUUUCAUCAAGGCACAUACAAAGCCUGAUGGUACAUAUGUUGAUCGGAAGGCAGAAAAGAUUGCAGGGACAUAUGAGAAGACUGUUCAAGAGAGGUUGUCUCAGCUCGAGGCAGAGUCUUUUGCUGUGUCAGAUGGAGAAUCACGGCCACGGGACCUCACAACAGAAGAAUAUACAGAAAUUUUCCUGGAGUCCACUGAGAAGGAUUCAAGAGGAACA